AUGGCUAUGACGAUCAGAAAGUCGUACGGCGCCUACUCAAAGAUGGACAAGGAAGAUCCCGAAGAGGCAAAUCAUCGACGGGCGCAGUUCUUGAUCUACAAAGUGAUGCAGCAAGUAGAAAUGCGGCGGAGGCCUUCGAAUUUGAGGAUUCGGGUACGUAAACUGAAGCUGAAGAUUGGGAGGAGAUUAAAGAAGUUGAGGAAGAGCAUGCUUCUAAGCAUAUCUGCUGCCAGGGUUUGCGUUUAUAAGCAAGUUUUUAAUCAAUUAAAAACUUGCAAGACCUUGUUUGGCCGCGGAGAUCAGGGAAAUAUAAACGCCACUCUUCCAGCUUUGUUCACCUGA